AUGUCAGAAGGCUGUAGCUCAGAAGGACCAGAAUUUGAUCAAGUUUUGUACAUUGAUAUGCUGAAGUGAACUACUUGACUUUCAUAUCCAUUAAAUCAAACUAUUACUCAAUUACACUGAAUGUUAGUUGUUACAUGUCAACAAAAUUGAAUUAUCAACCGUGCAAUUCAAAAAAUAACAAAGUAAUAAUCAAACAAUACAAAACUAUUAUAUUUAAAUAAAGUAAAUAAAUAUAAAAUAAAUAAAUUAAUGAAUGCGUCUCCUGGAGUAUUAUAAGUGUAUUACACGAUCGGGUUCCAAUUAAAAAUUCAUCAUCAGGUAUAUCAGUCAAAAUGUAAAACGCGACUGAAUAUAUAAAAAUAAAAUGAAAUAAUUAAUUUUAAUAAGAGAGAUUAUUUAAAAUUAGUUAUUAUUAAACAUACUUAGAUAUGUUAAGAAAUAUAAAUUAUUUGGUUAUUAUUAUCUAAAAUGUAUUGAUUAAGAUAUUAUUUUUAAAAUUGGUUUGAACAUUUAAAAUAUUUUUAAAAUUAUUUUUCUUUAUUUCAUUGUGUAGGUAUAAUUCUUUUAAACUGAAUUAAGGUAAAUGUUAUUUUGGAUAUUUAAUAUUUCUAAAACAUGUUUAGCAAAAUUUGAAUUUGGAGCAAUUUUUUUAAAUUUUAUUUUAGAAAUGUGUUCUUGAUAUUUUAUUUUAAAAUGUCUAUUUGUCUUAUUUAUUUAUUUUAUUUACUUUAUUUAUUCACGGGUAUUAAUUAUUUUAUUAAUUUUGUUUUUACUAUACUAUUUUAUUAAUAAUUAUAUUUAGUUGAUCUCUGGCUUUUGGACUGGAGAAAAUAUAUCAAAAACCAUAAAAAAAACAAAUUUUCUUUGUAUGCCCUCACAAAUAAGUAAUCUGUGGUCAGACAUAAAAUUGUUCGUAUUUUCUAAUUGACAUUUUUGCUUAGUAGAUAAAACCACGGGACCUGUGAUAAAUACAGAAAUCUAAAAUCUGACCUCGGAUUUCUGUCAUAAAUUAUAUAAAGAAGUUGUCUUAUAGGUUUUUUGACUUUUUUUUCCUUUCUCAUAAGUAAGAGAUCAACCAUAUAUUUUGAAUGUUUGAAUACUUAGAUAUUAAACAUAUUUAAUAUAGAUAUAUAAAAAUAAAACAAUGCAUAUGUAUAUAUGUUUAUCCCAAAAAUACACAAAUUUGAAUUAGAAUUCUUCUUCUCUUUUACCUUCACAACCAAAGAUUUGGGUUUGGCCAGUUGCCACCCUCAUCUUCCUUUUUCGUUUAAUCUGAUCCCCACAUUGUCCUUGUUUACACCCCCACAUGUCAUUCAUAAUCCCAUUCAACAUCAUUUUUUAUCUUCCUAUUCUUCAUUUUCUAUCUAACGAAUUAUACAUGUAUCUUUCUAUAAUGUUUACAACAUAAUAUUCAUUAUAUUUCAUUUUAAAUUUGCUGUAUAACAAAAUCCUGAUAAAAUAAUUAUUUAUCUUGAUUUUUAGAGAUUUAAUGUCUGUCAAAAACGAACAUCCUUUAAAUUUGAAUACAAAAAUUAAAAUAGAGAUAACUGAUGAUGAUGAUACUAAAAGUCAAGAAAAAAAAUCUGAUUUAAUAAAAAGUGAGGAUAUCGAGUAAGUAUUAACCAUAAUAAUCAUUUGCAUUUUUAGUAUUUAACAUUAUAAAAUAUUGUUAAGAUUUUACAUAGUUUUCAUAACACAGAAAUUCAAAUUUAAAUUGACAAUUAGAAUCUUUUCCCUAUUAUCCAAAAAUUAUUGAAUAGUUGACAUAUUAUUUGAUUUGGAUUUAUUUUUAAUUUGUUUAAAAAUCAAAACAAUUAGUAAAACUAUUAAUUGGAAUAUAUUUUAUAAUUUAAUUAUUCUUUUAGGCCUUUACCAUCAAUAGAAGAAAGACCAAUAUUCCAAUGUAAAAAUUGCAGAAUGACUGAACAAUAUGAUUGUUUUGGUGACCAUGUACUAUUUAACCGCAAUGUGAGAACAAAAGUUGAUUGUUAUCUAGCAAAGGAUCCAUUUUCUUCUCGUAACAAAAGACAAUUCUUAAUUUUAGGAUCUGUAUGUUCUGUUUGUGAUAUAGAUGUUUGCAUUAAACCUGAAUGUAGUAUAUUUUUUUCAAAGAUAUUUUGUUCUGUAUGUGCAAGAAAAAAUAUUACAGAUUUUCCAUUGUGUAUCCAAGAAAAGAUUAAAACAGCAAAGCGAAUUUAA